UUACUCCACCUCAUCCAGUAUAACGUAUUUCGAGGGCUUUAUCUCAACAAGAUUCUACUGGGGUCUGCGACAGUUUUAUGGAAGCCAGGCAUCGAGCCCGAAGCAUUUGACAAAAAUUUCCCAGACUUCAGUGUUGUUCUACCCUUUGCCGCGGGCCUCCCAGAUACCCUUGAUCCCUCCGAAUCUCAGAUGAAACUUAUUCAUUCCACAUGGAUCAACCUGAUACCUUUCGUCCAUAUGAGAGAAAAUCUGAUCCAGUGGGAAACAUUAUUCUAUCAUCUUGAAUUUCCACCCGGCUCCUCUGUUGCGAAGCCAGGACGUGCGAAGAUAUCUGCAUUGUCCCGUGGGGAAUGUGAGGAUGAUAUCACGGCAGACAGAACUGGUCUGAUAUUAUGGGGGGAGCCAUACGACGUCAAUAGCUGGGAAGCCACACCAGGAGUCGUGCGAAAAUGGGCAUGGGCAAUGCAAGGAUGUGACGAUUUGAUCGUCUCGACCAACCGGUGGAGGAGGCUCAGAGAUGAAGAAUCUCUGCUGUUCUCGGUUUUAUGA